AUGGUGGUUGCGGAGGAAGGUAUUGAGAAACAGCCCGCGCUAUCCGCCGUCAACUGCAAUCAGCUGCAGCAGAAAGCCGAAGAGCAUUCAAAAGAUAAUUUAGACGCGCAACGAAAUCAUGACAAUUCAUUCUGCCAGGACGAAGUGAAUGGCGCCACACAAGCAAUGAUACAUCCCGUUACAACGGCAUUGUUAAAGCGUUUGGAACGAGAUUUUGAACAAGCAGGAAAACGCACAGUCCGUGAUUGUUUGCGUUCCAAAAUUCUACCUUGUGCACCUGUACAAAGCUUGAUCCAGUCGCUUCUCUCGGGAUCGGGCAGUAGUGAAAAUGGCAGCGAAUCUCUCACACAAACUACUAAUUUUAUCACGGCGCACGACUUACAUGAUUCUCAUGUGGCCAUUCUCAACUCCUAUCUGCACAGUAUCAAAGACGAUGCGCUGUACCACGAGAACUCGACCAACAACACGCAUGGAAAAACAAGUCUUAUGAAGCCUUCUAUUUGGUUUAUCUCACGAUUUGCCACGGUGACGCGGUUUUUGCAAUUCUUGUUUGAAUUGCUGAAGGUCGGCGUCAACCCGGAUCCAAACUUUCUUCCUUUCGAUCGUGCACAAGUACAGAAAUGGAUUUUGGAAGAGCUCAAAGCCUUGCUCGAUGUAACUCAGAGUUUGAUGGUCAGGGCGGAUACCAAAAUUCAUAUCGAGAAUGCUUCCUGGGCAGACUGUUACGAUUCAGACACGACUCAGCACUGGAACGCCUUUCAGGUGGGAGCAUUUGUUUUCGGCUCCGUAACAAGGCUUGACCACUACGCCCGCUCUAGUCCGCCCAUGAUUUCACCAUUAUGGAAAGGUCUAUGCGACCUUGUCACGGCGGUAAAGUCGUCCUCCAGUGAUCCAAUUUGUCACUCGUGGUUACCGGCUGGGUUGCUAUGCCCUGCGUUAUACGCAUUGCACAGCUAUUUGGAAGAGGGCUUGCGACCAUUGUUAGAAGCCAUUCAAGCGGCUGUGUUCCAUAAUGAGAUCCCAUCUCAGCCGCAAUUUCAGCUGCAGCUGCGAAUCUUCUCCUUUCUGACAGGACGUGUCUUGACGCUGCUGGAACAUUUGCCACUGAUCGACCCCCAGGAUGAUUGGCAAUCGGCAGUUAUUAGGAACAUGUUUGACGUACUGGUAACGCUGAGAGGACUGGAGCCAUUUUUGCAGACACAGAUGGGUAUAGAUCUACCUUAUCCGGAGCAUUUGGUACCUCUCACAGAAAAGGCACGGCGUGGACUGGAGUCUUUGCUUUGGACCCAAGUGGGAAAGGAGAGACAAAAUAACUGUAGCAGCAAUGCUGGCCGGAGUCUACAGAUUUCUACAGUCGAGAGUUCUUUAUUUCGCUCGGGUGAAAGUGCAUCGGCUCCAUCCCUGUGUAACGUCUCUCUUGCAUUUGGCCAAAUUUUGGUGUACCAUGACAUUUUAGAAAACGGAUUGACAAAAGAGUUUGCGAAGGAUCAUUUACUCAUGUCGGUGCGUGUUUGCCGACAGCUUCUAUUCUUUUCCUGGCCUUUGUGUUUUAGCGCCUUUCUUGGUGAAGCAUCAAGGUCCCUCCACGAUGUAAUACUGCGAACUACACGACUCGUAUCGCAAACUUUGUGGUGCUGUGAGCGAUCCGAUUAUUUCUGCCGGAAUGAGGACACAUGUCGAGCCCAAUUUUACAGCGUUUUGGUGAAAUGGCUGUGUCCAGUCUUCCCCCAGUGUGAAAAAAGUGAUACAGCAAUGCUCUCAAGAGCAAUACAAAAUCCAUGGACACAAGAAGUUACAGUUACAAUCAUUGCGCUGCACGCAUCAGCGAUCGGAGAAAGCAUUCCGCCGAGUGACGAAUCACUGGUCACGUUGCUAAUCAAGGUUCUGUUUGAUCUGCGGACUAGAGCGGAAUUGAGGGCCAAUGUGGCCUCGGUACUGUUCCGAUUGUGGGGUACUGAUAACAUAGGUUUGAAGUUUCAAAUGGAAAAGCUCUUGCGGGAGGAAUACCAGGCACUGCGCCAAAAAUAUUGUCAGGCAAAGCGAAAACGAAAGCGUCGACCGUCCAAAUUGGUGUCUUUGCAGCUCAUGACAAUUGUGACUGGUUUCCUCCAGGAGAUUCAAUUGCCGAUGAGGAGUCCGUCUGAAUUUAUUGCACGUCUGUCUCCACGAAUAAGUUACCAAGCACUCAUGGAUGCGGUGGUGGUCAUUGAAAAGUCGCAUCCUUUUUCACCUCGUGAACUUGAACCUCUGGUGCAAUCGUGUGUAAAAGCUUGGACACGGAUCGAGAAGUCUUCGAGAGGCCGACGCAGACGGUUCGUUGCAUUCGUUGCUAUAGUAAUGAGAAUUUUCUACGAAAACGUGGAGGAGACCUGUGGGGGUUCGAGCACGAUAGUCCUUGCAUUGAUUGAGCUUGUCAGACUAUGCACAAGUCCAAAAUGCUUAAAAGAGGUCUCUCGCGCCGAUCAGCCUUAUUCAAUCACAGUAUUUGGUGCUGCUCGGUUACUUGGGGUGCUGGGACAGGUUUUAACUCCAAAAACAUCACAAGUUGUCCUGCAAAAUUUGACGGAAUCGUUUCACCGGCUGUUGUCGAUUAAGUUUUGGCCAAUGCAAUUAUUUGCCAUGACGGCUUUGGUUCGUUUCGCUUCUAGCAUUCCUUCCAGAUACAAAAAUCUUUUGCCGAAUUGCGUCCCGUCUUCAAUGCAAAAGCUUUUGCAAUGUCGCUUACAAUGUUCAGUACUUGGUGGUAGUUGUGACAACAAACCAAGACGAUGGCUGCAUUGGCAAGUCGCUCAAGAACUUUACAAGUUGACAGUUCCCCCAGACAAACUAGAAAACAAGAGAGUUUUCCCGUCCUCUUCCUCAUUUUCUGUUUCGGUUGGAUCUUAUUUCAUAUCCAUGCCAACCCAGGCGGGGCGCAAGGCUGUUGUAAUUUUCCCGCCAGACGAGGAGUCCUUGAAGGACAUUCACUGCAUGCUGGCUGGAGGGGACUUUAACGAGAAGCCACACGUUCAAACCGUCCGCCAUACUUGUACUAUGCCGAAUGGGGAAUGCAAACUGUUCCUGCAGUAA